AAGACGCAGUGAGCAAGGUUUGGUGAGCGUAGCGGAUGACGCACAGUCUGUUUACUGCCCGGGAGCGUAUAGAAAAAAGCUUAGGGAAACUUUUCAUUCGGAAAGAAAGCAACAUGCUACUUGUCAGCGUUACCUAAGUACAUAAACAGGGUCGCACAUCAGGCGUACCAGGCUUCAAUAAUAAUUCUUGUGGUGGAAGUAAAUAAUAUCCUAAAUUAGGUACUACGUGAGAAAUCGACUGUAGUAUGCCAUUUCGCACCACUGUAUUGUGAAAAUUGUACUGUUGCUUUUUGCACGGCAUCUGUUUUUAGUUUUUAUCCGUGACUUGACACUUAACCGGCGAUGAUAAGGAAGCCCUCUAUUUUUAGUCAUGUGGUGUAAAGACUUUGCUCUAGUGUCUACAGCUCCUUGUGCCUUGCGUCGUAAACAAACAUCUUUUGGUGACAUUAGUUCUUGAUUAGAGGUGAUCUCAGUGUUUCCUACAUUAUAUCGUACCACCUUCGUCGCACAAAGAUGAAGGUCGUCGCUCUAAUAAGUGGCGGAAAGGACAGUUGCUAUAACAUGCUACAAUGUGUGGCCGCAGGACAUGAAGUUGUGGCCCUUGCGAAUCUUUAUCCAGAAAACAAAGAGGAGCUGGACAGCUACAUGUACCAGUGUGUGGGCCACCAGGGGGUGGAGCUGUUCGCGGAGGCAGUCGGCCUGCCUCUCUUCCGAAGAGCUAUCAGCGGUGUCGCCGUCAACUGCGGUCCACAGUACACACCCACACCCAGUGACGAAGUGGAAGAUCUUCAUGAACUUCUGGCUUUAGUCAAGGAGGAAAUGAAUGUAGAGGCGGUGGCUGUUGGGGCUAUACUGUCGGACUACCAAAGGAUACGUGUGGAGAAUGUGUGCUCGCGCCUGGGUCUGGUGGCCCUGGCUUACCUGUGGCGGCGCGACCAGGAGGAGUUGCUGCAGGAGAUGAUCGACUGCGCCGUGGAGGCCGUGGUGAUCAAGGUGGCUGCACUGGGGCUGCACCCCUCCGUGCACCUCGGUCUCACGCUCACCGACCUCCAGCCCAACUUCCUCAGAAUGAAGGAGAAGUACGGGCUGAAUGUUUGUGGUGAAGGUGGAGAGUAUGAGAGCUUUACAUUGGACUGUCCCCUGUUCACCAAGACCAUUGUCAUAGAUGAAGCAGAAACCAUCAUCCACUCAGAUGAUGCUAUAGCACCUGUGGGAUACCUUGUUUUCAAGAAGUUGCAUCUCGUUGAAAAGGAGAAUGCGCACUUCACAAUGGCGGAACGUAUUGCCGGAUUGCCUGUUAAGACGUGGCAAGAUCUGACAGCAGACAUUGACGAAGAAGCCGAGGACAGUCCACCGACUCCGCCUAAAGGCCGUGAUGCAGACACCGGCUAUGGGCCAGAUGAUGACUACAAUGAUGACUGUGAGUUUACAGAGACACAGGAAAAAAUUCCACUUGACGACAGUGAUGCAGAUAGCAGCUACAGUGAGGGGAUUGACGAAUCUACGCAGACCUACCUGCCACUGUCUGCAACUGAUGAGGCAGGGUGGACUUGGGUGGCAGGUGUGGAGGGCCACGGGAAGAACACUUCUGCAGCCAUGAGGGAUGCCCUCGAUCAGCUCCAGAGUCUGGUGCCACUUAGUGACGUCGUGUCGGUGACCCUGUACCUGCGCGACAUGUCGCAGUACCCGGCUGCUAACGGAGAGUACGCCAUCGCUUUCCCCGGGCCGGACCCCCCGGCGCGGGUGUGCGUGCAGUGCCCCCUGCGGGAGGGGGCGCCAGUGUCACUGGAGGCCACGGCGCACCGCGCGGGGGGCCCAGGAGAGGACGGCUGCGUGGACCCUGGUGCGGGGGAUGGCAAGUGCUGGCUGGGGCGGCGGCAGCUGCACGUGCAGGGUGUCUCGCACUGGGCGCCCGCCAACAUCGGGCCCUACAGCCAGGCCGUGCGGGUUGGUGAUAUUAUGUACAUGGCAGGCCAGAUUGGCCUGGUGCCAGGAACGAUGCAGCUCAUAGAGGGCGGCAUCAAGCGGCAGUGCCGGCUGGCACUCCGGCACAUCGAGAGGGUAGCCCGCGCCGUCGACUCCACGACGCAGCUGCGCGAUGUCGUCCAGGCCAUAUGUUACGUAACACGUGGUACUCACAUAUGGGAGGCACGGCUCGAGUGGGAACGUCACACUACCAAUGCCAUUGCCGACUACGUCGUGGUGCCCCAGUUACCGAGGGGUGCACUGGUUGAGUGGUCAGUUUGGUUGCACCGCCACAACAACAGAUUUGAAUAUGAGGAAACAGGGUGUCUGAUUGGUCCAUUCCAAGUGUCUAUAUGCCGCCGGUGGAAUUACGAGAACAAAGUGUCGGCUAUUGUCUCUCGUAUAUCGGUCGGUGCGUCAUACCUUUCCGGAAGCAGAGAAUCGGAAGACUGCCCCGACAGCCUACCCCCUUCGCCCCGCCCCAUGACUCGGGACGAGCUGGACGAGGCGAUGUCUUACACGCUGUCUCGCCUGCUGAGGGAUUCGCCCGCGGCGGCGCCCGUCUGCCACCUACGCCUGGCUUACUGCCCUUCCUCGGAGCACGCGCCGCAACCCCCGGAGCUGCGUGCGGCGGCGGCACGGGCGGCGGAGGUGAACGGCACCACGGUAGUUGCCAGCCUGCUUCCUGUCAGGGGGCUCAUGACCAAGUGGACCUUCCUCUCUGUGUGUGGUGUCAGGCACCACUGAGGGCUACUACUGUUCCAGCAGAGUACUGAAUGCCACGUUUAUUACUGCAGGUGGGCAUUGGAUCUGAUUACAGUUGAUGUGGUGGACUGGUAACCAAACUGGCUAUUGUCUCUCUGAGUAAUCAGCUACAUCAACACAUCUCAUGGUUUUUGUGUCUCACUUUUCUGGUAUGUGGGAUAUGAGUUUCUUUUGCUGUCUACACCCCUUUUUUUUGUUUUUACACGUUGGAGGUAGUUCAGGGGGAUACAAGUUCAUCCCCUCUCUGUCUCACCUCCCUCAAGAUAGAGGAGUGUGGCUAGAGGAAGAAUUAAGUUCCAGCCUCCUCAUGCAAUUCUGUCAAGAAAAAUAGGACCUGCAUUUUAUGUUUUGUAGUGAACAGUUAUUGGGUUAAAACUGAAGUUCAUAGUUAGUAAAUAAUUGAUGACUGACUGUUUAUCUGAUGUUAAAAUUUUUACUCCUUGUAGUUGUGGGUAGUUCCCGAGAUGGACCCUGAUGGACCAAGCUUAAUUAUUCUUCCUGGACAAAAUAUUUUUAACAUACCACAACAAAUUAAAACAGUGUUUGACAAUGGUAUUUGGUAGUUAUUACAUCGCAGUAUCUAUUUUUUAAUUCUUUAAAUUAGCAGACAUGCUAUGUGGCUUAAGUAUUCUUCUUCCUGCCGUACAUAAAGUGAGAAUUGUAGGGGAAUAAAGUGGAAAACAUGUGCAUAGGUGGUAUAUGUAUCAAAACAAAGUCUUUUGCAGCAACAUCCAUAUCUACAGGGGCUGUUCAAAAAUUAACCUCCUAUUGGCUGCUUUAAAAAGGUAAAUAUUUGUUAUCAGUCAGUACUUACAUGUUGACGUUACUUCUCCACAUAGUCGUCACCCAAAUUCAAACAUUUGUCAUACUCUGACCCAGCUUCUUUAUCCUUUCAUCAAAGAAUGGUGCUGCCUGGUGGUUUGGCCAGUUCUUGGCAGCUUCCUUGAGAUCAUCAUCUUUCAUGCAGUGCUAAGCAGCCAGCCGGGCCUUCAUCUUGGGGAUGAAGGAAUGCUGAGGCCAAAUCCAUUCUUUUGGCUUUAUGAGUAUCAAUUAGACAUUUUGGUGCCCACGGUGGACAAAACUUAUGGCCUCUCAGUGAAACUGAGCCAUAUCUUCAGAAAAUUUGGAAAUUUGAAGAGAUAUCUCUUGCACACAAUUUCAUCAGUAUGUUGCUAGACAUUGUCACAUCCAAAUGUCUUCUUUGGCCACUUUUAUCGUGCAAAUCUGUAUGACCAGCUUUGAAUUUUCUGCACUACCCCCUCACAAUGCCGUCAACUAUAACUCCAACCCCACACGCAACACAAUCAAUGGUGAACAAUGGCCAUUUCAGAUGGUUGCUGCUUACACACUGAAGAUUGCAGCAGAGAGCUAACUGAUGCAAUGUGACCUUCAGAGUCUCCUUUUCCACAUGUGCCAUGAAGCUACAGUCAAUUGUUUAUUUUUAAUAGACAGUCUGAGGUUAACUUAUGAAUAGCCCUCAUAAAAUAUUCUUGCAUCAUAAAAUUUUGGUAAAAGUUGCAGUUUUUUGUUGCCCCGUGUACAUCAGUCAGUGACAAGCAGACUAUCAAUGAUAGUAAUGAGACCAUAGUAGCUAUCGUCCCUCAGUUACCUGUGAAAGCAUUUGAAAGCUCAAGCACUUCCUCAUAUAUUUGAUGUGUCGAGAAUAGAGAGUACGUAUGAUGCCAAGAUAGUAUGCAGAUGAGCUGGCCAACAUUUGCUGUGUGUAGUGCUUUACCUGUAGAGAACAGUUGGAGGGGGGGGGGGGGGUACUGAAACUGAGUGGGAAGUCAAGCUGAAAUGGAUCUUCAGCAAGGCAAUUAAUUUGUCUCAGUUGUGAUAGACACCUGGGUUUGCUUCCCGUUGCAUAUUCACAAAUUGCUGUCAAAGACUGAAUUUGUGCAUAUUUGAUAGUUAAUUAAGACAUGUGAUUGUUUUGUGGUGUACAAUGUAAGGCAGCUCCUAUCAAUGCGUACACUUAUUUCUCUCAACAUUCUGUAGCAUUUAAGAUAUUCAGUUUUGAGGCAAUGUGUUUCUAUUUACAUUGAGCAAUAUAUCCUCUUUAUGUUUUAUGACUAGCUUGUGUUCUGUUCCUGGCAUCAGUGAAUAUGACCGUUUACUUGUAAUUGUGUUCAUUGGCAGUACUUGGUAUAUCAGCCAGUGAUAAUAUACAUUGGCCAGCUAGUCCAUCUCCUUGUAAUUUUACCUUCUCAUUUUCCUUCAAAAUAUAAAUAAUGCUCCUCUCCUUUCAUUUUGACUGGUGUCCAUUCCAUGCAUCCACACACCUUCAGCAAUAAACUAUUUGGCUAGCUGCCUUCCUUCCAGAUCAAGGCACAAGUAUAUUUCUAUGUAAACUAUACCAGGUCAACUGAUGUGAGAAGUUAUGUUUUGUAUUUAGUGUACCUUCAUUUUGGACCAUUUUGGCUGACUUGAUUUUUAUUGAUUGAAUUGCUUGUUAUACUGAAAUAUCCCAACAAAAUAAAACAUUGAAACCCCUUAGCAAUGUAUUUUCUGAUUACAGUGGCAGAAUGUAGGUCUGAUUGGUGCCACAAUGUAAUCAAACACAAGUCUGAUGUCCAUUGCUUAUAACUUUGGGUCUAUGUUUAUGAUGGCUCAGAGGGCUAUGUAUGUAAUGAACACCUUGGCACAUUAAACAAAAUUAAUUGCAAGAAGCAGAAUAUAAAGUGGCACAUUGGCUCAUCACCUGUGAUUUUCAUUUUUGCUGUUUUCCUUAUUUACAGCAAUUGUUAAUGUAUCAAAUUGCUCUCUCACUGCCAUCUAAGAACUGGCACAAAUCUGAACUAAGUUGUUGUUCAGAACUGUUGCAUAUCAUUAAAUUAUUUAUUUUAAUGUUCUAUGGUAAAGCUUUACGUGUAAACUAUUUAUAUUUAUAAUAAAGUACGGAUUUCUGCUCAAUAUUAAUGGAAGAACAUGUCUUUUGUGAAACAUCUGUGUUAAUAUAAAGAGGCAAAUAUAUUGGUAAUUGCUUGUUCAGAACUGUUGCAUAUCAUUAAAUUAUUUAUUUUAAUGUUCUGUGAUAAAGCUUUACAUGUAAGCUAUUCAUAUUUGUGGUAAAGUGCAAAUUUCUGCUCAAAUUAAUGGAAGAAUUUGUCUUUCAUGAAACAUCUGUGUUAAUUACAAAGAGCCAAAUAUAUUAACUGCUAACAGUGCUUCAAAUCAAAAAGCAAGUUUUAUGCCUACAGACUGUGUUGUAUUUUUCCAGUGUCUGUAAAAGAUAUAAAUUUUAAACAGAAUAAUUCACUGCACUGAGACAAAACUUUUGAAUAAAAAAUAUGAGGCAAGAUGAAAGUAGAUGGAUAGUCAGUGUACUGCAGAGUGCAAAGAGUAAUGUACAUCACACAGUUGUCUUUGGCUGUAUCUUGGGAAUAUGUUUUGUAAACCACAGAAACAAUUUUUAACACACUAAGUAAUGCUGUCAUCUGUAAAAUGAAGAAUUUCAGCAUGAAGAUGGUCUCCAGCAGACCUUCUUUUAAGCAGAAGCAGAGGUAACCAAUGAUCUGUUACCAUUAUGUGUUGCUGCAGGCGAGUUGCUUAUUAAGCUGCAUCCCAUUUGCAUUUACAAUGUUCCAAGUGAACUAAGGCCUAAGAAAAGUUAUUACUAGAUGGAAGAGUGACAGCAAGGUGCUGCCUUUUUUAGAAGCCAUUUUUCUAUUUUUUAAUAGAGUGAAGAGUUAAGAUUUUGUAUAUGACCGGGACUCCACAGUAUAGUUCUGACUUGGCACAUAUUUGUGACUUGCUACUAAUAUUAAAUUAUUGCUGCUGUCAGAAAGGACACCUCUUGCUUUCUCUUUAGAGUUGAGACUUGGGACAGCAGAAUAUUUGCAGUCUCACACUUUUUGUUGUGCGUGCACAUUUGUCAUAACUGCAGACUGAAUGAUUCCUAGAUGCAAUUUAAUAAAUGAAGGGAAAAUAAAACAGCAACAGUUUCUUUCUUAGCUACACCACAUUGUUACUUGGUGUGUUUACAUUUUUGCCAAUAAAGAGACCAAUUUCUCCUCUAGUGACUGCAUUAAGUGCUGCAGCAUCUGCUGUGGCUAUCUUCUGAACACCUAAAAAGGAAACUUUAUGUACAAAUAAAUUAUAUUGCUGUGAUUUUCAGAUUGUUAAACAUCAUUUGAUGUGAUUUGUCAAAUAUCUUUUUUAUUCACUAUCAGAUCUUUGCCAAUAUUUUCUGUAAAUUGUUAUAAAGUUAUGUGCAGUGAGUGAGAGAGAGAGAGAACAUGAUCAUGACCAGCUGUUUUAACACAAAGACAAAUUGUUGAUUCUCCAGGACAUUAACUUGUAGAUUCACUGGCUGUAUUUUGCACCAAAACAGGAGAGGUGUGAGAGGAACAACAUUGGCAGGACAGUGCCAAGAUGGAGAUAAUAAUAAGUAAUUCAUUGUUACACAUGGCUGACAAUACAUAUUUAUUUUACCUCAACACAGUAUAGUAUUGAUCAACUGGUACCAUGUAACAACUAUUUCACUCCCUUAGCUUUCUUUGUUGUUACAUAUUUUUCCAUUUCUUCUUCAUCUUCUCCCUAUGCUGUCUUUCCUCUUCUUAUUUCCAUGUUGUUAACUAUUUCUUAUUUCUUCUGCCUUGAAAGCCUUCUAAAUGUAUUAGUUUGUUCUUAUAAAUAUUUCUUUCUGUUAUUUCUGAUUCUUUGAUUGAGUUCCUUAAGUUCUUUUUUUUUUAUUUCUGUAAUCCAUACUACUGUAAAUGUAAACACCACUCACACGCUAGGCCUUAGGCCUGUUCCGAUGGCUGCCUAUGAGGCAGUAUGAGGAUCAAUCUACGGUUGUGGGACACGUGAUCGUCAUGUCGCAAAUCACUCGAGCUGUUAUUGCCAGUAGGUGAAUACUGAUAGUGCUGAUGCUUCUUUACUCGAGCAGCUCCUCAUUUGGCCUCACGAGGCUGAGUAGACCCUUUUACGGACCUCAUUUGCUCAGAAAAAUCUGAGGAGGUACCAGGUAUCGAACCAGAGUUUGCCCACACUGAAGACAGCGAUGCGAACUUUUCGGUUACAGAGGCGGUCUCUGUACUGUUGGUCAAUUCCUUUGUCCAGAAAUACAACUAUAUUUGUUUUGUUAGCCUGUUCUCACUUAUUUGGCAAAUAUGUGCAAAGAAGAUUAAUUUUUGCUAUGUCAUUACAUCUGAUUCUGUACAUUUUUGUUGAUCUCCAUGUUACUUCUAAUUUUCCAACCACUUAUAGUUUGCGUGCAUUCAUUGUUUUUCUGCUAAUCAGAAUAAUCUGUCUUUCUGGUAUCUCUGUUCUGCCCAACUUAUAGUUCACCAGUAAGCUUUCAAUGAAUAUAAACUGUGGCACAGUUUUUUUUUUGUAAAAUCAUAUGCUCUUUCCAUUUUACUAACUCUUAUAGAUAUUGCAGAUUUUUUAGUCCUUUCCGAUGUAUGGCUUAACUUUAACUGAUUUAUGUUUCUCUGCGUUUUAAUUGUCAUGAAUUUUUCUUUUUAAGCUGAAAUUCUGAGAUGAGUUCUGUUGGCUCAAUCUUGUGAUUUUUUAGCACAAAAUUCCACAUCUUUACAAUAUUUUCUGAAACACAAUUAAACAGUAAGUGUCUUAAGCCAUCCCGUUGUUUAACAACAGUUUCCAUUUCACAUGGAUGAGAUACUUCCCCCAUAAAUUUCAUUUAAUAUACUGCAUUUGUUACUUUCACAAAUUAUGUUUGCUGGUUUUUGUAACAUGAUGAGGCUGAGUAUCUAAAUGGGCAAGUGUCAGAUUACAAAUGCACAGCUUUGACAUUCAAUUCUUGGUCAUUCCAAGGAUUUUUCUGUCACUUACCACAUCUUUCACCUCUGCGGUUGAUAAUGUAGAGAACACAAAGUUAAAUCAUGGUUCAGAGAUCACAUUAAACUGUAGGUCCCACUGUGACUAGCUAUGUAUGUCAGUUCAAAGGUCGGAGGAUGACUAGAGCCUGCCAACCUUAUCAGGACUGUGACCAGUAAAGCACUGCGGCGGUCAGACCAACCUUCAGUUAGGAUACACCUGUGACGCACACAUAUAAAGCAGCUGAAACCCUACAGUUAAAUAAUGAUAGAAUGUAUUUUUGCUGAGCACACUGCAUCUUCCCUGACCCCCCCCCCCUCCCUCUUGCUGAGCACACUGCAUCUUAAAUAUAUGAUGAGAAGCAGGCUGAAGUACCAGUGAUCACAUUCAACAUUUCAAAUAUGAAAUAAAGAUUUUUAACUGUGUGAAUUGUACCUUUUAAUUAAAUGCAGUCUUCUUGGAAUACACACAUACAAAGAGGAUGCAUAAUUUAUUCUAGGAUGAGACUGAAAAAUGCAGCUUGUGAGACAUGUCACUUGUUUGGAAAAGGUCACCAUUUUAUCUCCAGGUGCUCCCAUCUACGUUCACAGAGCACUUUCUUAACACUUUUGUCCUGAUCAAAUCCAGCAGUGCACCCUCGUAGACUUAUCGUGGGAUGUUUAAGUCAGAGAAUUUCUUUUUGCUUCUGUGUUUUAUUCAGUGCAGUUCAGAGAUUUUUGACUGACUUGUAAUUGUAUUCAUUAAAAUGAAAACAUUUCACAUCAACAGUUUCUUGCUGCAGUUGAUAACAGCAGUAUUCUCUGACAGUUACAUCUAUAUGUUAAUUUGUGCCUCGAAUCAUUCAAUAGUACCAAAGGCUUUUUCUUGUGUCUGAGUUUGUGGAAGAUACUGUCUAAAGCAUUCAGCUGUUUUAUCUUCAUUCGAUUUCGUGAUUGGUUCCAGCAAAGUAAUAACUUUAUCUGUGCAGUAGAUCAGUUGCAAUAUUGUGUGCUCAGCCAUACUAUCUUGUUUUUGCAGUGUCUUUGGCACACAUUACUUCAUGCCAUUAUUAACCAGUGCAUAUGUGAAAGGGGAAAAACUCAGCAUUCAAAUCAUUCGAUACUCUGUAUUGGCUCAUUAAAUUUUCUCAGAAGUCUUUUAGAAGAGAAUAUAAUGUACCUUUCAACAAUUCCCAUUAUGUUUCUGCAGCAUCUGUAAAAUAUUCUGGUAAUAAGCUAACUGAUCACAGGACUAAUAUUAGCAGCAUGCGACUGAAAUCGUAGUAUUGCAUGGUAAAAACUUGAUUUGGGACUGCCUAUGGUACAAUGCUGUGCAUUCAGACUAGUCUGUUCUUAGUGCAGCGACUGUAGGCAUACCCUCACCUGCUCAUAUUGGAGUUGACACGCUCCUUUUCUGUAAGCAUGCAUUGUCUGUCUAACUAAUGAAAUGUUUUUGUUAUUUAUUUUGUACUUAUUGGGUGUGAAGGUGUUGUUAAGUAAUAAUUUGUUAUGACAGGAGUUCUAAUUAGUAGAUGAUAUGUCAGUGCCCAGGUGAUUGACAUUGUCCUAAAUUUGUAUCAACUGUUUUGAAUGUGAGCUUGGAAAAUUCUCACUAACACUUAAUUGUGCAAAAUUUGUGUGGUGCCUUGUAUCUGUCAUUACAACACUUUGUCUUUGAUUAUAAAUAUUUUUCUCUGGUUAAGAUCAGCUAACAUUGCUUAAGCAGGUAGCUAAACUAAGACUUAGCAUGCUGGUCAUGCAGUAGUUGUUAUUGUUUUAAAUUGAUGUUGUGUUAUUGUUGAAUAUAUUGUUGUAAGCCUGUGCAUCUUGUCUACAAAUAAUGGAUCUAUUAUUUUUGUUGAGAUUUUAGAAGUUGUAUGAAACUAUCCUUCGGUUAAUGGAAAUAAAUGUAAUAUC